GCAACUCAGUGUUAAAAAGAGGAACUGAUGCAAGAAUGUUUUCUUAGGAGAAGCCACAUAUGCUGAAAAUAUAUUGUGUGAAGUGUAGAACUGUAUUCUUCUUGAGAUGUUUCUGGGUGUCUUGUUUUGUACCUUAUGAGAUGUCAAAAUGUGGGUCAGAAGGGCAUAAAAGCCCUUCCUCUUUCUUUGAAUGGACGAAAACAGUUUGAGAUGCAAAUGCCAAGAACAUGCCCUCAAGGGGAGGAUACCCAGGCAGGGAUUGGCCCAAGGGGGUCAUAAGGUACAAUGUAUGUAUGAUGUAUCAAUCACUAUAAAAUGAAUGUAUUCCUAUUGAUUGGCAGAGUGUGAGGUUCAAAAGAACUCCCUCUCCCAUUAUGCAUACUGGUAUACUGGUAUUUUUGUUAUUGAUCAAUAAACCUCUGUCCUUUGGAGCACAAUCGUUGUUCUGGAAAGUUUUCCCUUCUACAAUCUGGUGUCCCUGGGUGGGCAGGACAAGAACAGGACAGCCCGGCCUGUUAGCUCCUGCCAAAAGACCACCCCCAGAUUGGUUGCUCCCUAGGAUAUAGGAAUUUGUGUGUUUGUGUUGUCUGUGUUUUUGCAACUUUGCUGAGGAAACCAUCAAUAAAAACUUUGAGCUCAAGAGCUCCUGAGGAAUGGGUCUUUCCAUGCACAGGUGGCUGAGGCACUAUCCAGACCUGCUGAGCAUCCCUGCCAUUCCAUAGAGGUCGGAGACUGGGUCUGCGUCAAGGUACAUGUAUGGCAGAACCCUCUGAAAUGUUUGUGGGAUGGUCCAUUCUUAGUGUUACUGACCGCACAUACAGCAGUCAAGAUCCAAGGAAGGGAUUCGUGGAUCCACACUUCCCACUGCAAAAAGGUUCCACUCCCCAUGGAAGGAGAAGCAAGCUAUUCCAAGUGACCCAAAAAGUCUUGACCCCAGGGAUCAGCAGAGGUAGUGGGGCAUAAUAACCCCCCCAACGAAAAUCCCACUGUAGGCGGGAAGCUGGUGGGUGAAGAUUGCAACAAGGACCUCAGCCACCCCACUGAAUUGGUUGUCCAAUAUCAGAAAAUUUAUAAUUUGCAUCCAAGAAAAUAAUAACUAUCCUAGAAAAUUCAGCAUAGCAGACCCAUCCACUGCGAUUCAGCAAACAAAGACUCUUAGAAAAUGUUUAAUGCCACUAUUAGGAUUUAUUAGCAUUGUACUGUUUUUAUUAUUGAAAUUGAAUCUGCAUGAUACAAUCAUGUUUUUCUGGAUUCCACAGGAUGAGACAGGAAUGGAACAGGAACACCCUUUGGUCCCUGCCAUUUCUGGUUCAGAAUAUUGGCCCUUGGUUUAUCCCACAGGAUGGGCAAGUGCCCGAAAGAAACGUUCCAUUGAUCCCCUAGAAAAAAGUAAGAUUCCAUCAGAUUAUCUGCAGUUCACAGGAAAUACGUUCCUACAAUUAACUUGGGCCUAUGCCCAAGACUUAAAUCAAAGCAAUUGUUGGAUUUGUUCUCAUUUCCCCAUAACUGCAGGGAAAGGGAUGCCUAUGGUUCCUGUGCCAUUUUGCAUGCAGGAUUGGUGUGACUAUUGGUAUCUUCUUCAAGAUUGUAAUCAAAAGAAGUAUGAUUCUGUCUGUUGUAAGGGGUGUAAACCUUAUGAUUUGGCAGUAUUUCUUGGGGGAGUAUUUAUAGAGCCCCCUGACAAUGAAAAUCCACCCCCAAUCCAUUUGGUGAUAGAGAGAGAAGGAUAUCUAUGUUUCACCAACAAUAUGAGCCGCAUUCCUAUGGGCCAGAGUAAAUGCAAGUACUAUGCUGAAUGUGCCAGUCCUGUUGUUGUCCCUAUCUCCUCAUAUGGGAAUUUGUCCCUCAUGUAUACCAUCAGUAGAAGUGAUUGCCCUUCUGAAAAGAGGUGGACCUUGCAGAACUUGUAUUAUGUGUGUGGUAAAAUGGCAUACAAAUGGUUACCUAAUGGAUGGAUGGGAUCAUGUUACAUGUCCUACCUGAUCCCUGCUGUGCACCACACUAAUACUUCCAAACUUCCUAAAACUAGGCCAAAAAGAUUUCGGAUGCCAUGGGGACUUCAGACUGAUACGGCCUUAUCUUUUCUUUUCCCACCAGAGGCAGUCACCUAUUCCUUGAGACAAAUUAGACAGUUAGCUAAAAUAUUGGAGGUUGUGUCAAACAAAACUGCAAAAGCCCUGCAAGCCAUAAGUGUCAAAAUGCAUGCCAUGAGAAUAAUGGUAUUGCAAAAUAGGCUCGCAUUGGAUUUUUUAUUAGAAAAUCAGGGUGGAGUUUGCGCAAUAGUGGGUACAAGGUGUUGCGUGUUUAUUCCUGAUAAUGCCUCUCAAGUUUCAGAUUUAACAAAGACAUCUUACAGGCAGGAAAGGAGGCUGGGAAUAUUGGAAAUUCAAACAUGGCAUGGGAUAUUGGAGUGUGGGUUCAUGGUUUGGGGGAAUUUUCAAGUCGUUGGAAGAUAUGAUCUUGUAUAGAUUGGUUUGUCUAGUGAUACUAGGAAUGGUAAUUUGUGGAGGAUGGAAACUUUUUAAUUACUGCCUAAGAGAAGGACUUAAAACAAAAAAACCCAGAUCAGAAUAAGAAAAAUCCUACCCCCAGCUUUAUCUCUAUGAAAAGUAUGUCCUCCAGCUAAUGGCAGGAGGAUAAUCUCAGAGAUCCCCAUUAUGCUGAUACCAUGUCAGAAUCCAUCUACCAUCUUUCCCCCAUAGAAAGGGAGAAACUUGAAAAACUCUCAGAUUCAGAUUCUGAGGAGACUCUGUCUGAGACCACGAAGGAAGAGGAAUAAGGGGUUGGAGUAUUGGAUUCCUCGAGAAUGGAUGAAGGUAUAUGUGUCCUCCAGACUUGGGGGGGGUGUUACUAGAUUAAUCCCUAUAUCUUAUCUCCUAUAUAUAUUUACAAGAUUUAUUCCAGAUUGUUUUUGGGAGGAUUGGGGUUUCAACGGGGGUAAGUAACUCCUUGAGAAGUUGGUGCCCUCUCGGUUGUCUCUCUGAUUCCCCUAAAUUGAAGCUUUAUUAUUUUAGGAUAAAAUGAAUCGGACUUCUGAGGAUCUUCCCGAUUCCAGUGGUGAAGGGACCAAUUGUAAUACCCUAAGAAAUGACUCAAUAUCGGAAGAAGAAAGCAGCCAAGAUACAAAUUUGAAGUUAUUAGCUGAAAUAUCAGUUAGGCCCUUUAAAAUUGAUCAAGGAACUCAGACAGAACCAGUUAAGGUGAUUCCACUAGUUCCAAUAGCUCCCAUACAAAUAAAGAAAACCUUACAUUGUCGUGGUUAUAGCUGGUAUGCUUUACAGUGUGCAGUAGAAGCAGUGAUUAAUAACACUAUGAGUUCAGCAGUAGCCGGCAGGGUCUAUGGUGUACCUCCAACUACUGUAUGGGCUAAAGCAAGGAAGUGGAAGUUGACACAUGGGAACUUACCUCCAAGCCAAAUUAGAGUUCCCAUUUGUCAAUGUCCUCAGGAUAAAUCAUGUCAAAUUUGUUUCAGGGAGAUGGAUCUUUCAGGAUGGGAAUACCCUUCUGAUGAGAAUGAAUAAGAUAAAAACAGAAUUCCACCGACUGAACGAGAACGUUCAAAAGGGAGGAAACUGUGGAAGGAAUUCUGAUUUUAUCUCCUUAGAAACCCAUCUUUUAAGUGUGUUCAAUUUGCUGUGGUUAAAAUGUAUUGUUUGCAGUGUUCAUUAAAAUGGGGAAGCAUAUUUGUUUGGAUGUUCUCCUAACAGUUUGUCAGAAGAGAUUGUGGUUUGUGGUUAGCAAGUUUCCAGAGCCACAAUCAAGGCAACUCAGUGUUAAAAAGAGGAACUGAUGCAAGAAUGUUUUCUUAGGAGAAGCCACAUAUGCUGAAAAUAUAUUGUGUGAAGUUUAGAACUGUAUUCUUCUUGAGAUGUUUCUGGGUGUCUUGUUUUGUACCUUAUGAGAUGUCAAAAUGUGGGUCAGAAGGGCAUAAAAGCCCUUCCUCUUUCUUUGAACGGACGAAAACAGUUUGAGAUGCAAAUGCCAAGAACAUGCCCUCAAGGGGAGGAUACCCAGGCAGGGAUUGGCCCAAGGGGGUCAUAAGGUACAAUGUAUGUAUGAUGUAUCAAUCACUAUAAAAUGAAUGUAUUCCUAUUGAUUGGCAGAGUGUGAGGUUCAAAAGAACUCCCUCUCCCAUUAUGCAUACUGGUAUACUGGUAUUUUUGUUAUUGAUUAAUAAACCUCUGU